UGCACACAUGUGCAAUUUCACAUUUCUAAAAAUAUUAAUAAUUAUCCCCGGAAAUAUGCAGAGAGGUUAAGGGAGACUAUUGCUGAAUUAGUUGAGUGUCCUAAAGAGUGUGUAGUAUUGGACGGAAUUCGCCGUUCAAGUAGCUUCAACUUAGUGUUUCAAAUGAAGAGCAAACACGUGUCAAAACUGAUACAUAUGCAGCCGACAAAGUUAGCUGUACUUGGUAGAUACGCUGUGGACAAAAUAAUUGUUGGUCAGCAGACGAUUCCUAUAGACUCAAAUGAAACAUGUACAUAUAUGUGCCUUUCAGAAUUUGUGUACGUAGGACUGUGUUGUGAAAUAGGGAGUCCUACAGAAGUGAGGAUCAGGAGAGAAGUGAUGGACAUUGACGAGAUGGUGAAUAAACCUGUGUAUAUUAUGAGAGGAUUUGACAGCAUGAGAAGUGGUAGUUAUCGUGAGGGUUUUUGCAAAUGCAGAUUUCAUGUUCUGGCCAUCAAAUGUCAAAGUAAUUGGUGAUCUCUCUCAGAUCAGUCCCAAUCCUCCCUCAUGGAACAAUGUGAUUAUUAUGGAGUUUGAUGGUUUACCACCAGGAUGUACCAGACUUAAGCUGAUGAGUCCGUCAAAUGAUGCGACCAUCGAUUUCUCCCGUGUUGUAAUGAAAAAUAAUGUAUAUAUUUCUAGUAAAUUGUUCAGAGAAACCGAUAUC